AUGAUGUCUGGAAUGAAUGCAAACUCAACAUUCAACCUGAGCACAUCUACAGAUGAGCCAAGAAUGGGGCUUUCUAGAACAGGACACACUGUUGUGGCCGUUUUUCUUGGACUCAUAUUAGUCUUUGGGUUCCUGAAUAACCUGAUAGUCCUCAUUCUCUUUUGCAAGUUCAAAACUCUGCGCAACCCUGUGAACAUGCUGCUGCUGAACAUCAGCGCUAGUGACAUGCUGGUUUGCAUCUCUGGUACCACAUUCAGCUUCAUAUCCAACAUCUACGGCAGAUGGAUUGGAGGGGAGCACGGCUGCAGGUGGUAUGGCUUUGUCAAUUCUUGUUUUGGAAUUGUGUCUCUGAUCUCACUGGCCAUCCUGUCUUAUGAGCGCUACAGCACCCUGACCCUUGCAAAAAAGCAUGGCUCUGACUACCAGAAGGCUCUGCUAGGGGUUGGUGGAUCCUGGCUCUACUCUCUGAUUUGGACAGUACCACCUCUCAUUGGCUGGAGCGGCUAUGGGCUUGAGGGCUCAGGCACCAGCUGCUCUGUCCAGUGGACCUCCGAAUCACCCAAGUCGGUUUCCUACAUCAUCUGCCUCUUCAUAUUCUGCUUAGCCAUUCCAGUGACGGUCAUGACCUACUGCUAUGCACGCCUUUUUUAUGCUGUCAAGCAGGUUGGGAAAAUCCGGAAGACCUCUGCCCGUAAAAGAGAAUUCCAUGUACUCUUCAUGGUGAUCACAACCGUCAUCUGUUAUCUGAUUUGCUGGAUGCCCUAUGGAGUUAUAGCACUCCUGGCAACAUUUGGUAGGCCAGGCUUAGUGUCUCCAGUAGCAAGUGUCAUCCCGUCCAUCCUGGCAAAGAGCAGCACUGUUUGCAAUCCAAUCAUCUAUAUCCUUAUGAAUAAACAGUUCUAUAAAUGUUUUCUUGUACUUUUCCACUGCCAACCUCCUUCAGCUGCUGAUGGGGAAACCACGUGCCCCUCAAGGGUCAUGGCCAUCCAGCUAAACCAGAAAACAGAAGGUGGAAUCGCAUGCAGCAGCCAAACACAUCCGCAAGUAGAUGAAAAAAUGGUCUGUCUUCUGAGUCCAGAGUCAAGCAUGGAGCCAGUUUCAGAAAACACAGCACAGCUGUCCAAGGAAAAUUCACUCUUGUGA